GUUCAGCUGCAAAGCACCGCGCCUGUGCUGUGGUGGCUGGUUUGCAUCAUUGAGUGGCAGACCGGCCAUCGGAUCUUCCUGUCCUUCAUGAGCGAGCUGCUGCGACGUACAGCCGACCUCCUCAAUGAGGCAGAGUCAACGAGCCGAGCCCUGAAAACGCACAUCACGGCUCUGCAGGCACAGAUGCGUCUGCAGGAC